AUGGCGUCGUCCGCCGCGCCCCGCCCCGCCGCAGGUGCGCGGACGCUGUCAGGGAGCGUGAAGAUCGCGGCGCUAGCGCUGGGCGCAGCAGGCGCCGCAAUAAACGGCGGAAUUUCCGCCGUCGUUGGCGCAGGCAGCCGCGCGGGGGAAACGGCGGGGGCGAGUGCAUUGGGGGGAGCAGGGAGAGGGCAGGCGUCGAGCCCCAAGGGCAUCUCCCGCGGUGGUCCUGGCAGUCCGCGCGCGUCUGGCGGACUCUUUCCCCGACAUGCGGCUGUCAACUACCUCUGCCUCAUGCUGCCCUUCCUCGCUCUUUCCACUCUCCAGCUGUACCUGAUGUGGUUACCAGAGCUGGGGCCCAUGCGGUUACCACAGGACGACUUUGUGGGCAGUAAAUCGACCAAGAGCAGGGAGCACCGAUUCAACUACCGAACGCUGCUGGCCCACACAGCCAGUCACGUCCUCUCAUUGCACAAGCUUUUGGAGCAGAGCAGGAGAGAGUUGAAGGGCCAAGUGGCGGAGGGGGUAGGGAAGAUGGGGAUAGAGAUGCUGCAGACGAGGCAGGACAGUGCGCGGGCUGCUGCUGACGUGGCAGACUGGUGGCGGCACGAGCAGGGCAGGCUGAAAGCCAUGAGCCAGGACGUCGGGCACUUGAAAGAAAUUGUCGGGCAGCACGCAAGGAAGUUGGAGGCGCAAGUGCGAGCAGUGCAGGAAGCCUCUGGAAGCAGCGAGGAGCAGCAGAGGGACAGCAAGAGUAGCUUCCCCUUGGGUGAGGGGGGGGAUAAAGAGGGCGACGAGGAUGGGGAGGUGGUGGCACGGCCGGAGCAGUGGCAGAAGGGGCGGCAUGAGGCGCUGCAGCACUUCUGGGUGGCGGACGACAGGCCUGCUCUCUGGCAGCAACGAGCCUUCCAGCGCUACGGGUCGUUCGGAUUCAUCAAGUUCAGCGCCUAUCGAGUGAAUGCAUCCACGGUGGCAGUGCUGGGCUUGGCAUCACUCCCCAUGCACCACGGCCGCCGCUUCACAUCCUGCCGCUGGCACGCCUCCUCCUCUGCUGCUGCUGACGAUGGGGGAGGUGGCAGUGGUGGUGGGCGUGUGAGUGAAGGCAAGCUGGUGCCGCUGUAUGUGGAGGAGCAUCACGACUACCUGUACGAGGCAGUGGUGCUGCUGUGUGUGCUGGACGCGCCUUCAGCAGCGUCAGGGGGCGUGUUGGAGGCAGAGAUCGACGGGGAGGUGCUCUUCCCCUACGUGGAGCAGCCGGGGCAGCCCAUUGAAGACCCGUCUACCUUCCCCAACAAUAUCAUCCUCUGUGGCCCGCCCAUGUUCGGCGUCAUCAGCGCCAGGGCGCUCACCGAGUGGCUGCACUUCCACCGCCUGCUGCUGCCGGUGGACCGUUUUGUCCUUUAUGACGCGGGCGCCGUUGCCGACCACGCUGACGUCAGCAGCGCGGUGCAGCCGUGGGUGCGGGCGGGGGUGGUGGAGGUGGUGGGGUUUGAGGAGUCGACACAGUACGACGUGUGGUCUUACGCACAGGCCCUGUCCACGCACGACUGUCUGUACGGGAAUCGACACGAGGCGCGCUGGCUGCUGUUUGCCGACCUGGACGAGUUUGUCGAGGUGCUGCCGCCCGCCACGCUGCAGCGGCUGCUACAGGACAACGCUGGCCGCCCGUGGAUCACGUUCGGGUGCACAGUGUUCAACAGCUCGUUCUGCCGCCCACAGGAGCCUCGCCCGCAGGAGCUAUGGAACAGCGGCAUGACAAGGAGAAGGAGGAGGAGGUUGCUGCAGGGAGAGGGGGAACAGGGAGGGGACGGGGGAGGAGGAGGAGGAGGAGGAGGAGGAAUGGGGGAUCGGGGCACUGGCGGCGACGUUGCGCCCAUGCGGCCGUUGGUGGUGGAGGGGGUGAUGUACCAGUGGCCACACGCCUACUGCAUGAACACAUCGCUCUACCCUGACCACCUGUGCCUGGACCAGUUCGGCCACCGCAAAUACAUCCUCAACCCGCGCCGGGUGUCUCUCGCACAGAUCCACGUGAUUAUCGGUGGCGAUAUGGACGGCCUGGAUCUGCCGACGGACGUGGCGAGAUUCGCACACUACAGGGGGCUGGCAACACGGGGGUACCCCAUGUGCGACCUUGGGGCACCCAGCUCCUGGUGGCGCUACCACGAUGGCGUGGCGCGCAUGGCCCAGGCUGCUCGCUCCUGCCCUGCUCUGGUCACGCCUGUUCCUGAGAGUUUCAUGAUGCGGUGGUGGUGGCACCAAGAGGCCACGCAGGUAGCCCAUGUGCAACCUGGGGGCACCGACGUGUUUUCAGCCAUGAGCGCACGUGCCUGA